AUGGCAACUACUGCUUCCGCGCCUCCACCCGCUCUCACAUUCCCGCGCCCUAUUUUCGCCGCUGUGUCGCCUCACCCGUUUCUACAAGCGCAUCUCUCCGCCAGCAAGUCCGCUCUCCGCGCCAAUGGCCGCGCCGCACACGAGUUCCGCGCGCCGGGCGUAAACACAGGGAGCCUGACACAUUGCAACGGCUCGGCAGUAGUGCGACUGGGCAACACAAGCGUCGUGUGUGGCGUACGAGCAGAGAUGCUAAAAGAGGAGGACACACCAGGAACCGCCUCGCCAGCCGCCGUGGACGCCAACGGCGACGUGGACGGCGACGAAACCGAGGACGUGGAAGGCGACGAGGUCGAGAGCCUGCGCCUGCUCGUGCCCAACGUCGAGCUCAGCACCGGCUCCACACCCGCACAUAUUCCCGGCAACGCGCCCUCGACCUUUGCCCAAACCCUCAUCACGCGCAUACGCAGCCUGCUGCACUCGACGCACCUGCUGCGUGCCCGCGAUCUGCGCAUCACAUACACGCCCGCCACGAACCCGGAAGACGCCGACGCCGCGCCCGAGACAGAAUGCAAGGGCUACUGGGUGCUGUAUCUCGACAUCUUCUUCAUCAGCAUAGACGGCAACGCCUUCGAUGCUGCCUGGCUGUCUAUCCUCGCCGCGCUCAAGAACACACGAUUGCCCCGCGCCUACUUUGACGAAGAGUACGAGGGCAUACUGUGCUCGGACGAUCCGAGCGAGGCUAGGAGAUUGGACUUGAGGGGCCUGCCUGUGCCGAGUUCGUUUGCUGUGUUCGAGGGGAGAGGCGAGGGAGAUGGCGAGAAAGGGGAAGAGUGGGUGUUGAGCGAUCCCGAUGCGUUUGAGGAGGGUGUGUGUAGGGAGACGGUUACAAUCACUGUUGACGAGGGCGUGAUUAGGCGCCUGGAGAAGAGCGGUGGCGGAGCCGUGGGGAGGCAGACGAUGAAGGGGUUAGUGAAGAGGGCGACAGAGAGAUGGCGUGUUGUCGAGGGCGCAGUGAGUGGGAGGUCGUGA